CUAUAGGCUAAUAUGCCCCUUAAACCUACUAACACAGCAAUAAACGCAAAAGAAUAAGCCGGGUUUUCCCUAUUGCAUAUUGAUUCCCAUCAGUCGCAAGAUGGCAAGUCAGGUGACAGCACUCGUAGCUCUCUUCUCUCUGUUUUUCUCAGUUUACUGUGGAGAAAUAAAUGUUGCAUACUCGCCACCGACUGUGAGAUUUGGAUCAGCAAGCGUCUUGAGGGCCACGGAUCUUGAUGACGUUUUGGCUGCCGCUCUUGGGUACACUCCUGCCAAGUCCUCUUCAUGGAAAGGCUUAACCAUCACAUCACCAUUUUCUCCACCAACUGCUGCAGUGGUGGUAGAGGUACACAGUGGUGGUGCAAGCAUCAGGCAGGCAGGCUCUUCAUAUGGACUGAAAGAAGAUACAUCCAUUGAUGAGGUCUUCCGUAGACUCAAGAGCAUCUACGGCUCCAAAGCCCAGAGACAUACGCUUUUCAAACGUCUUACUGUUAUUGACAAUUCUGAUGAUGAACGUGUUAGCCGCUCUCUUCCUGCCACCAAAGUAUUGAAUGCUACCCAGGAACCAGAUGGAACUUUCCUUCGUGAGAUGGCUGCUCUCUAUAUUACAGCACAAACUGCUGAAGAAAUAACCACCGCACCACAUGGAGGUCAGGAUGUGAUUUUCCUGGAAGUGAACACACUAGCACAACUAGUGAAGACUUAUGGACUUGGAUCUCCUCGGGUAACUGAAGCCGUUGACAUUCUGCGGGAUGAGCUGUCAAAAGUAACUGACCUAAUGCGACACAUCUAUAAUGAUCGAGUGCUGGUUGUCACGGUCACAGUUGACCAGCAAGAAAAACUUUCUCGCAACACGCGUUCUAUCCUUCAGGCUCCUAGUGCACAAAACCUGAAUCUUGCUACAAAUUACUCAUCUGACUACCCAGCUAUCUUCAACAUUAUUCUGUGGCUGAGUAUUAUCCUUGCUAUCUCCAUCCUCGCCACAUCUGUAGCAAUGGCAACCAUGGAUCCAGGACGUGACUCCAUUAUCUACCGUAUGACAAAUCCUCGCAUGAAAAAGGACAACUGAGCAGCUAACAUCUGUCAUAGUAAAUGAUGCUGGUUGAGCACACGUUUACAAGGCCAUUUUAUUACACGCUUGUUUUGGAAACAAAAUAUAUGUAACUUUAAAGUAGUUUAACUUUGGGGUGAAAUAAUUUAUGUUUUAAUGCAGGCACUAACUUGUAUGUAGGCCAUCAGUGUAGGAUAUUUUUUGUUUUUUAUCAUUGUUUAAAUUGUUAUAACUUUGUUUUUCAUUUACAAAGACUCAAAACUUUGUCAUAUUCAUUAUUUAAGUGAAUUAGUGUGUUUAUUUUUUCCACAUUGUGUAAGUUUAUAUAGCAGUGACACAGUGUACCUCCUCCCAGCUAGUUGAUCUGGUAUUGCUGCUGACUGAUAAGGGAAAUAUUCAAUAUCUAGAACAGUACUAUAACCAGUCUUCAUGGUUAUGUGAUUAUCAAUUUGCAGAUUAAAGUUAGUUUUGUUACAUUAUUAAACGAGUGGGCAGGGACUCAAACCGUGGUCUUAGCUUGUAGCAGGCCCAGCGUUGUACCAUUGAGCACUGGGCCAGCUACAUGCCAAGACCUCAGUUCAAGCUCCUGUCCAUUCUUCUGUUUAUUCAUGGAUAGUCAUUCAUUAUGACUGAGUUUAUGUGGUGUUUGUCAAAAGUUAAAGGCUCUUUUAAAUAUUAAAAAUUUGAAAAGUUUGUGUCAUGUAAAAUGUUUUAACAGGCACAAGUCUUAACAAUUAAUGUUAGUUUCAGUUCUAAUUGUUAAUAUAUAACUGUUGUAUAUAAGAAGAACUGUUUGUCUAUUUAUUGCAUUCCAUGGGAACUGUAGAUACUCAUUGCAUAAAAAUCUAGGUACAUUCUAUCUAGUAAUUUUUUUGUGUAUAUUAUUUCUUGUAUAUAUUGUGUAAAAGGUGGUAUAAAAUAUUGAUGUACAAUA